CACUUCCGGUGACGCGGCUGUGUCACUUCCUCUCAAGGUUGGCGUUUGUUUGGUGGGGUCCACGCGGAUUCAACAUGCGUAUCGAGAAGUGUUAUUUCUGUUCGGGGCCCAUCUACCCUGGACACGGCAUGAUGUUCGUCCGCAACGAUUGCAAGGUGUUCAGAUUUUGCAAAUCUAAAUGUCAUAAAAACUUUAAAAAGAAGCGCAAUCCUCGCAAAGUUAGGUGGACCAAGGCAUUCCGGAAAGCAGCUGGUAAAGAGCUUACAGUGGUGAGUACAGUUAGCUAUCAAUAUAGUUUUUACACGUUUCACAGUUUUAGUAUUUGA